AAAUGAACAUCUGAUUUCUGUACUCAGUAAGAAAUGAAGGUUAAUUUUAAGAAGCCAAAGAAUAAGAAAUCAUUCCGGAAGAAGCAGAAACUAGAUGUGGAUGCCCUUGAAGCAGAAGCAGUCUCGGCAGGGCUUGGUGCUGCUGAUCUUGGUUCUCGGAAUGGUGCACAUAGGCAGGGAGUCAGAGAGGAGAAAGAAAGAUUGGAAUCUGAAAGGAGAGACAACAUCUACAAGGUAGCAUAUGCGAAAGCAGACGAGGCAUCUAAAUCGUUGCAACUGCUUGAACAAAAAGUGUUUUCUGUUAAAGCUGAUCAGGAAUAUAAUGAAUUUAAUGUUAUCUCUGCAGAUGAUGAGGAGGAGGAUCUCUACAUGUCCUUGGAGAGAGCAAGAAAAUCGGCUCUUAGAACAAAUGACGAAAAGGAGGAGAAAGCAUCCGGUGGUCCAGAAGCAAUUGCAUUCCUUGCCACCACCAGCACUGGCAGAAGUCAGAUUCAAAAUGCAGCAGAUGAUGAUCGGAAUCGAAUCCCCUCAAGCAGUGAAGAUCAUUCCGGAGAAAAGAAGGUUGUCAUCACAGAACGAAUGAGUUUUUGGUGGGUCUCAAGCUUGAUCAAAGUCAAUCCCACAUGGAUCCUGAAAGCGAAGAUGUUUCCAAUAUGUAAGAAGAUGAUCAUGCUGAAGAAACUAUGGUGAAUGUGGCUGGUGGAUGGACUGAAGUAAA